AUGCUGUCCCAGUCUCCUUCACAACCUUCUCGCGGCUCUCGUCGCUCGAGUGCUGGAGCCAAAACUCGGGUCUGUGUCCAUUGCGGGCGCAGUUUCAGAAGGACGGAACAUUUGGAGCGACAUGUUCGCACACACACCAAAGAAAAACCGUAUAUAUGCUUCUGUGGCUCCGCAUUCACCCGACGAGAUCUGUUGAAGCGACACACAACCAUUGCACAUCAAAGUACCAGUGGUCUGGUUUCGCCGAAUUCGCAACCGGAUCACGAAGCUUUGGACCAUGCCAAUAGAGCCGGGACUUCAGAGCCUACCACUAUCCCACCCAACUAUAACAAUGUUCAACCAACACCGCGUCCAGAUGUUCCUAUCCCCAUGCCGCCGAUUGCAGAACAGUGGGCAGGACAGCAACGUGGGCCAUAUAUUGCGCAGGAUCGUAAUGCUGUUCUAAAUACGGGGACUAGCAGUGCAGGUGAACUUGGUGCGCAUGCCAGCGCAGUCGGCCACGAUGCGGAGAUUUUGGAAGCUGCGCAGCUUCUUCUUCCGGGCAAUUACCGACAUGCACCACCUCCAGCCCAACCGAUCCCAUACCUAAAUGAGGAGCUGAAUCAUUUCCAGGAUUUCACGCAUUUUCUGGACUCGAUAGGUCUCCCGUCAGAGUGGGUGCCAGCAUUUGGGGACAUGUCUCAGAUUCAAAACCCCGUUUCAACUGAACAACCCGAGUUUAGCAGAAGUUCUGGGGAACAACACGAAUCUUCAUCGCGUCCGCGCCAGUCUGAGAGGUCACGGGCCGACUCGCCUUUCCGGUCGUGGUUGCCGUCCGUACCUCCAGGAGACCAAAGCUUCGCAUCUGUAUCUGACUACGAGCCUCCUCAAAUUAGCAAGAGCCCAAUAUCGCUCAAAGUUACAGAAGAGCAGCGGCAGCGUCUGGCGGCCUCCUUGGACGAGUUCCGUUAUCUCAUACCCGAUUUUGUCUUACCUUCGCGUCAUACGUUGACAAGAUACUUGACUUCUUUCUUUUCUGGCUUCCAUACACAUCUUCCUUUUCUCCAUGUACCGACAUUCCGGGUCAACGACCGAGCUCCAGAGCUCAUUCUAGCUCUCAUGACAAUAGGCGCUCAAUACCGCUUCGAGCACCGUAAUGCUGAGAGACUCUUUUAUGCAGCCAAGGCAAUAGUAUUAUACCGACUGUCGAAGGAGUCAAGUUUACCACCCUUUAAUUCAAUCCUUCAAAUACCAUUGAACAGUAUCCGCGACUCAUCUCAGCGCUCGGGCCAGGAUCCGUUACUCUCGUCGCCAGAGUUUGCCGCAGGAAUGAACGCUUGGAGGAGAAUCGAGACUAUUCGCACCCUGUUAGCUUUGAUGGGGUACUCUACAUGGGAGAAGGCCGAGCUUGUUCAAGAAGCGUUUGGCCUACAGAAUCUGCUCGUUCGGUGCUUGCGAGAACUCGGACUCAUGGAGAACAUUACAGUUGCCCCACGGCAUUCUCCUUUGCAGUGGCAUGAAUGGGGCGAAGAGGAAUCUAUAAGACGCACUCGAUUCAUAUCAUUUUGCUUCGUUCACGUUCAUAGUAUUGCAUACAACAUUUACCCAGUGCUCCGCAGUAGCGAAGUGCAUCUGCGUCUCCCGUGUUCCACGCCGGAAUGGAAAGCCGCCACAGCCCACGACUGGGAGGCCGCGCAAAAGGAGGUGGACUCUCAGCAACUAUUCUUUCAGGAUGCUUUGGCACUAUUGCUGCAACCUUCACGAAAUCCAGUACUUCUAGAUCCGAUCCCUGCGCCUUUGGGUAACUAUAUUCUGCUUCAUGGCCUACUUCAACGCAUUCAUCUUGUGAGCGAGCUAUCUAUUCCGAAUGGGGAUCAGUCAUUCUCACUUCCGACCGAGGAGUUGAAUAAGUUAGAGAGAGCACUCCGAUCCUGGACUUCAGUUUGGCAACAAGCCCCCGAAUCUAGUCUUGACCCGCAUAACGAGAAUGGGCCGAUUCCGUUCACUUCCAGUUCACUCUUGGGUUUGGCUUAUGUCCGCUUGUCUCUCAAUCUUGGACCGCAUCGUCAGUUGGAGACACGGGAUCCAUAUCGCAUUGCUACCGCGAUACACAGAUCGCCGCGACCAGGAAGGAGCUAUAGGUUGACACCUGCCCUCAUUUAUUCUGCACACGCACUGAGCAUUCCCGUACGCCUGGGUAUUGACCACGUGGCACGCAGUCAAGCCUUCUUUUGGAGUGUUCGUCACUCACUUGCUAGUCUAGAGUGCGCUGUUCUUCUCAGCAAAUGGCUUAUGUCCCUGGCUGAAACUGGCAGCAGCCAAGCCUUGAGCGAGAACGAGAAUCGGAUAUUACAUUGGACGCGUUGCAUUGUACAAGAAGCUUACGAAUCAAUGGAUCUUGAAGACGGGGAAUCGUUCCCUAGCCAGGAUCCCGGAAGUCUUGGCCUGGCUGUCAUCAAGCUUUGGGCUCGACUCUUUCGGAAGAAUACCCAGUGGCCAUUCAUCAACGUACUUGGGGAGAGCCUAGAGCGGUAUCUCGCAUUUAUUCAACCCGGUUAG